AUGAUAACAUCUAAAAUUAUUAUUUUCCUAUUUUAUUUAUAUGUACAAUUAAAUGCUUUUCCAAAAUUUCAACCUAUAUCAAGUGUCAAUUUAAGGCCAACAACAACAUGGAUACCUGGCCCAAAUGAUAAUAAAUAUCAAUUUCAUAAUGGAUGGCAAACUUGGUUAAGUGCUAGAGAGUAUUGUUUAUCACAAAAUUCUGAUUUAGUUUCAAUAAAUAGUGAUGAGGAACUUAAUUGGAUUUUAAAACAUUAUCCUAAUGAUAUUACUGGAGUUGAAGAAAGACAUGUACAAAUUGGUCUUUUUAUACCAGCAUCAGAAAAUAAUAAUUGGACAUGGACAGAUAAGAGUAUUGUAAAUUAUACCUUGUCACCAUUUAAUAAUAUGAAUUUUUUAAAUAAUGAUAAAAAAUGUGGUGUGUAUUUAAUUAACAAAAAAACAUUUGAAUCAGUAUCUUGUGAUAUUCCAAUAAAUCCAACAGAUAAACCAAUAAGAUUUAUUUGUGAAAGAAGUAAUGAAAAUCAUAUGGCUUUAGAAAAAGCAAAUAAUCCAUUAUGGGAGAAAUUUGAUAAAAUAUUACAAUUCUUAGGAAUAAGUGAUGUAAGUAGUACUGGAGAAAAUUUAAAAAAGAAAGAAGAAAAAAAGAAAGAUGACUAUUAUGAUGAUGAUAAUGAAUUUGAUAGUAGAGAAUUUGAUAAAAUUAAAAAAAAAGAUACUAAAGAUAAAACAAUUAUUGUUACUAUAGUUGAUUCACAAGAUUCUAAUAAUACAAAAAUAUCAAAAGAAAUAAAAGAAGAAAUUAAUAAUGAAGGUAGUGGCGAUGAGGUGACAAAUGAUUUUGAUAGUAUUGCAACAAGAAAAAAUAUUGCAUUAUCAACACCAAUUAUGAAAACAACAAAAAGUGUAAUAAGUGAAAUUAGUGAUAUGGUUGAGACAAUGAAAAAUAUUAUUAAAGUAGGAUUGGAUGAUAAUGUUACACCAGUCAGUAGUGAUGAUUAUUCUGAUGAAUAUAACAUUUACAGUAGAUUGAAAAAGAAUCGUGAUAAGUCUUUAGGGCUUGUUAAGAAUUCUCCUCCACUAAUUCAUAAUGUUAUUUCACAAAAGACACAUCCUAUUAUUGACAGAGCUAUUAAUCUUGUAAAAACAUUUGAUUCAUAUGGAUCAGAUUACAAUGAUUCUAAAGAUAACAAAAUAGACAUACCAAUUGAUGAUGGUAAUAUGAAAUUGGUUCAAAUGCAAAAAAUUGAUGGCGUUUUAGAUAAUAGAAUUAUCGGAGAUAAUCUUAUUUCAAAGACACCAAAGCUUAGUACUAUCGAUGAUUUUAAAUAUCAUGAUAUAGAAGGAUCUGGAGAAGAUAUUAUAAAGGUCAACAAUCAAAAAAAUGAUGGGGCUUUAUCUUUAAAUAGUAUUAAUUCAGAUCAAGGAAAACAUGCAAUAAUUAAAAAUAAUAAAAUUGAAGGAGGGAAUAUAACUAAUAAUAUAUCUUCUACAGGUCAUAUUGAUGAAGUUACUCCUAUUAAUAAUGUUGAAAUUGAGAAUGUCGAAAAGAAGAUUGUUAAAUUUUUCAAGGUCCUUUAUCAAUAUCUUAAAAAAACUGAUGUUAAAAGUUUGAAAGAAAUAAUUGAUAGUCGGGAACCUGGUGUUUCUAUUAUGGAUCAUUUAAAAAAUUCAUUAAACGCUGCCAAUCAAAGAGAAGUUGAUCAAAUAAAAGCUCUUGAAAAACUGUAUCAAAUGGGUGUAAAUUUAGAAAAAGUUCGUCAUGAUUCUAUUAAUAAAACAUUAGAACAUAAUGCUGUUAAAACAGCAAUAAAAGAUAUUGAAAAAGAAUUAACGGAUGAGUUAACAAAAAAUAUGAGUGAAGAGUUUGAUGAAGCAAAUAAUUUAGUAAAUAAUCAAAGUAACUAUUUAGAAAAUCCUAAUAUAAAAAAAAUUAUAAUUUAUAAAAAUGAAACUACAACACAAAAAGAAAAUCUUAUUACAACACGAAAGAUUAUUGUUUCAACAAAAAACAGUUUAUCAAAAAAUAGUAGUACCGCAACCAAAAGUAGUCUACUUAAUAAAAAAAGAAAAAAAGUAAAAAAAAAUAAAAAGAUUAAUAAAAAUAAGAAUAAAAAAAAUAAUGCUAAAAAGAUGCCAAAAAUUAUUGAUGAAUGGCAUCCAGAAAUACCACCUACAGAAGAACAAAAAAAAGAAUUUUUAGCUUUAGAGAAAGGAAGGGCAAAGUUAAAUGAUGACACAUAUGAAAUAUUUAGAAAUUUCAAUGAAAAUGAAAGAACAAAAAAAUUGUUAAAUCGUAUUCAUCAACAUGAAAUGGAAAAGAAAAAAUCAUCUGAAAAAGAAUUAUUAACAAAGUCAAUUAAAAAUAAAUCGCAAGAGACUAGUCAAAAUGAUUUUAAUGGUCUAUUAAAUCUUGUAACAAAAACAGAUAAAACGGUGAAUAACUUUAUUGAUAAACAUAAGUAA